AUGAUAGCAGAUUCUAUUAGGUUUAAACUUCAAGAAUAUUGGGAACAUAUUGAUGAAUUAACAACAAUUGGUACUUUGCUAGAUCCACGAUCAAAGACUAAAACUUUUAUAGAUAUUAAUCAACGUGAUAAGGCUAUAACACUUUUGCAUAACAAAGUAGAAUUAUUUAAAAAUGAUACUAAUAGAUGUAGAGAUUUUCUAAUUCUUGCAAGUAUGGCAUCAUGUUAUUUAAGUAUACAGGGUUCAAGUGUACCUUCAGAACAGAUAUUUUCUAUGGCUACAAAUACAAUAACUAAGAUUCGAUAUAAUUUAAAGCCAGAUACUGAACGUUCAGCUAUAUGUCUUAAAAGCUAG